CGGAGGGAGCGGGAGCCGGCGGCGGCGGCGAGGAGGUACCCUGCUCUCACAAGAGGACAGCCUGGGACUAGACUUCAGAAAGCAGGAACGUGAACAUGUACUUUCUGAAAUCAGUGGCAAUUCCUAGAGUGGCUACAAUAGUGUGAGGAGUCUCUGUCUAAAUGGGUCCAGUCAUGCCUCCCAGUAAGAAGCCAGAGGGCUCAGGAAUUAGUGUUCCCAGCGGACUGAGCCAGCGUUACCAAGAUAGUGAUUUAUCAAAGGCACUUCACGAUGAUGAGGACCUAGAUUUCUCUUUGCCUGCCAUCAGAUUAGAUAAAGGGGCCAUGGAAGAUGAAGAACUAACUAAUUUGAACUGGUUACAUGAAAGCAAGAACUUGCUGAAAAGUUUUGGGGACUCGGUCUUAAGAAGUGUUAGCCCAGUUCAGGACAUCGGUGAUGACACGCCGCCGUCUCCUGCUCACUCUGACAUGCCCUAUGAUGCCAAGCAGAACCCCAACUGCAAACCUCCUUAUUCCUUUAGCUGCCUCAUAUUUAUGGCCAUUGAGGACUCGCCAACCAAAAGACUGCCUGUAAAGGAUAUAUACAACUGGAUCUUGGAACACUUUCCCUAUUUUGCAAAUGCACCCACUGGAUGGAAAAAUUCUGUGAGACAUAAUCUAUCCUUGAAUAAGUGUUUUAAGAAAGUGGACAAAGACAGAAGUCAGAGUAUUGGAAAGGGGUCCUUGUGGUGUAUAGACCCAGAAUAUAGACAAAAUCUUAUUCAGGCUUUGAAAAAGACACCCUAUCACCCAUAUUCGCAUGUGUUCAAUACACCUCCCACAUCUCCUCAGGCAUAUCAAAGCACAUCAGGUCCACCCAUUUGGCCAGGAAGCACCUUUUUCAAGAGAAAUGGAGCCCUUCUACAAGAUCCUGACAUUGAUGCUGCCACUGCCAUGAUGCUUUUGAAUACUCCCCCUGAGAUACAAGCAGGUUUUCCUCCGGGAGUGAUACAAAAUGGAGCUCGAGUUCUGAGUAGAGGAAUAUUCCCUGGAGCCAGGCCAUUACCAAUCAACCCUAUAGGAAGCAUGGCUGUUGCAGUAAGAACUGGUUGGAAAUCUUUCAAAAUGAAUGGAAUAACAAACUGCCGGAUGCGGACAGAAAGCGAACAGUCGUGUGGCUCUCCAGUUGUUAGCGGUGACCCAAAGGAGGAUCACAACUACAGCAGUGCCAAAUCUUCCAACCACAGGAGCACAUCACCUGCUAGUGACUCCAUUUCCUCUUCCUCUGCUGAUGACCAGUACGAAUUUGCAACUAAAGGUAGCCAAGACAGCAGUGAAGGAAGUGAAGUUAGCUUCCAGAGCCAUGAGAGCCAUAGUGAAACGGAAGAGGAGGACAAAAAGCAAAAUCGGAAGGAGACCAAGGAUUCUUUAGCUGACAGUGGGUAUGCAUCCCAGCACAAGAAAAGGCAACAUUUAAUGAAGGCGAGAAAAGUACCAAGUGACACACUGCCUCUUAAAAAGAGACGUACAGAAAAGCCCCCUGAGAGUGACGAUGAGGAGAUGAAAGAAGCAGCAGGAUCUCUCCUGCAUUUAGCGGGAAUUCGGUCCUGUUUGAACAACAUCACCAAUCGGACGGCAAAGGGGCAGAAAGAGCAAAAGGAAACCACAAAAAAUUAGAACAAAUCAAUGAUUUGUUUGAACUUACAAAGUUUUGUUUCAGCACGUCAGGUGAAUUCUAAUGAUUUGUGGCAAUAUCAGCAAUUUUUUCUUUUUCUUUUUGUUUUUCUUUUCUAUUUGUUUUUAUUUCUUUUUUUUCUUUUUGGACCCUUGAGAUUUUUAUUUUUAAAGGAGAUUGAAGCCAUAGAACUCAUACUGACACUCAGCUAAUUUACAAAAGCUUUUCAUUACCUGAAGACAAAACGUUAACAAAAAAAAAAAAAAAAAAAAAAAAAAAAAAGCCAAAAUCGCCAUUGCUUUCUCCGGCUUGUCAAAAAUGCAUGGUUGAAUACGCAGUGACAUCAACAUUAAUGUGAUGGGAGUAAGAUUGGGCACUUGGAAAUCCCUCUUAUACUAGAAGAGAUGUGCAUAAUUUAGUAAUCGUUCAGGCCUGGCCCUUAAGUUUUUUUUUAAUGGCCUUAGAUUGGGUUAUAAGUGAAUGUGAAUAAAGAGAUUUGGGGAAAGAGGAGGCACGUACUUCUCAGCACCAAACCAAGAACCAUCUAGUGGCACUUGGAUACACUGUGCCAUACAAGUCUUUGGACAGCCACUGGUGGCAGCUGCGCAUACAGCAAUGCACUUUUAGUGCUUCGUGUACUAUAGGUGGCUCAUAAUGUGAAGACUGAUAAUACUAAGUUUUGGGAAAUUUGAACUGUGUAUGCAAAGGGUUUCAGUGACAUAAUGAGAAGAAAUGGGGGAAGGGGUCACUGUUAGUAGCAUCGUUAAUCACUGAAUUCUGUCUUCUAUAUUAAAUUAAAAGAAUGUUCAAAAAGCCAUAAGCCUGAAGAUUGGCACUGCGUGCAAAAAAUAAUAAUAAUAUGGAAAAACAAGCUAUGUCUUCUAAACUGCCUGAGUGAAAAGCAAUCAAGUCUAAGAAAUUACAGUAAAUACUAAGGAAGCAAAUAAAUCAGAAUCUUUUUCUGUGGAUCAAAAACAUUUGAUCUAAUUGGAAAAAAAAUGCUAUAAAACCUGCCAUUAGUAUUAUGCUGUAUUAAAAAAAAUAAAAAGAAACAGUAAAACUAAGAAGUAAACAAAAGAGCUCCUACACUGCCCUCAGAAAUGAGUGUGCAGUUAAUGUCAGUCAGGAUUCAUCUGUGCAAAAAUAACAACAGAUUUCCAGAUUCAACCAGCGUAGCCAGCAGAAUAAAUUUGAUCCACAUUGCAUGGAUUCCUUUUUGGAGGGGGGGAAUACAAAAAGCAAACUUUUUUUUUUUUAAUUGAAAGAUGACAAAGUUCUUGUAAGGUAAAUAAUGUAUUUAGCAUGAAGCAUGAAUUAUUUUCAUAUAAAUAUAGAAAAUAGAGAAAAAGGCUAUGCCUCUAAUUUUUAAGCCCUUAGGCUUAGAGUUUGUUUUUUUGUGUUUUUUUUUUUGUUUUGUUUUUUUUUGUUUUGUUUGUUUUGGUUUUGGUUCUUUUUUGUUGUUGGGGUUUUUUUGAAGCAGGUGUUUAAGGUUUAACCUUCUUCAGGGACAAACACUGACUGUUGGGGAACUUACUCUGCAAUAUUAAAAAAUAAAAUCUUCAUGCUCUGGUAGGGCUUGGAUGGUUGAAUUAUACUGCCUUGUCUGCACAUUCAGCCCCCCUCUCCCUACUUCUGUUUAAAAAAAAAAAAAAAAAGUGUGUCCUUUCUUCGUCUGUACAUGUGUAACAUGACGCAAUAAUCUGAGGGCAAAUUCAGUAGUGAGUGUGUAUGACAGAAUCAAGAGAAUAAUGGGAGGUUAAUUGAGGAAAACUCUCUGAUUUGAUUGAGUAAUAAGUAGAUGAAAAAAUAGCUUUGCUAAUUUGCCAUGAGAAAAUGAGGUUAGUAAAGAGCCUUACUGAGAUGACCAGAGAUAUACCAGUGUUACAGAGAGUGUGAUUCAGGUAUAGUGCUACUCUGCUGAUAACGAUGACUCUUAGAUUGGAGAACCCUACAGCAGAGGGAAGCUGUGAAAUAAGUAAUGCAGUCUCUCUCACCUGGAUUCAUGAAUUUGGCAUGAAAAGUUGUACACUUUAGAAUAUGCUAGAGGCAAGAAGAAAAUUGUAGGGGCUGAAAACCUCUAUCACUUAGCAGAAUAAAAUGAUCUGUUUCUUUGAAAGAAUUUCCCUAACAUAACUGUUUCAGUCAGCAGUUACACUAAGAUGGAACUAGGUUAUGAAGAGUGAGUUAGAGAAGGGUUUGACUUUCCAUUCAGUGGACUGAGAUAAAAAUUGCAUCUGGAGAUAUGUUUUGUAUGUUCAGUUAGGAAGUAGAAAGACUGAAAGAUAGGUCAGUCUGGACCUGCCAGUACUCCCGUUCUCCACAAACAUUUUCCUAUGUGGAAAACAGGACCACACUGGAGGCAGCAAACCUAAAUUGUGCCUCUCCUCCCAUCUCACCCAGCAUGUCCUGGGAUCCAAGUGCUGCCUUGUCAGGAACUGUCUGACAACCGCUGGAGUUCAGACAACUGCUAGCUAGGCAGAUGUGGCAGGAGAGUGCCAAGGAUGGUGCAAGGAACGGCUUUGCCCUCCUCUCAGCUCGCUGGUCCUGAGGCCAAUGUGUGCAGGCUUUAUUCCCUGCAUAAGUUACCAUGGGAGUACAUAGAUGUUAAAUUUUGUUGGCUGCCAGCAACGCUAAAGAGAAAGCUGGGGAGAACAGAAAGGAGCAGUCCUUUGGCCAGGUAGCACAGACGUGCGUGAGCCAUAUCUUUUCCUCUGGAGAAAGUCCUUGUGUGACUGCGCAGGGGUAAUCGGCUUGUUGCCAGAUCCACUGACUCUACAGCCGGAGCCCGCAGGCAGAGGACCGCUCAGCCCCUGCACAGGAAAACUCGGUCCUUCAUGUUUUUGUGGGCUUCAGGGAGAGUCAUUCGAAACAUAAAAUACCCCAGCAUCAGAUUGCCACCAGCUUGUCAUUAAUGCGUAAGUUGUUCCACCUGGAAAGUGUUUUAAUAUUUAUGAAAAAGCAACAUUUAAAAGUCAAAUUUAGUGACAGGAAAUACACUCAAAAUGGGGCUCAUCCCUCUCUUCCCUCCAGAGAAAAGGAUGUGGUUGUGUGCCAGUGGCCAAAUUCUGUCCACAGUCACAGCACUAAUUCCAGAGCAACUUUACGGAUUGCAGUAUGUCAGUGCAAAGGAGGUCAAUAUCUGCUGCAUAACAAGUACCAUUCAUUAAUGUGGACUCUUGGUGGCUAAGUGUAUAAUUACCACUAGUAUUAUUCACCUUAGAAAACAGUCAUUUUGCAUAAAUAUCUAAUUAGGCAUCUUAUUUUAAAAUGAUAUAUAUAUACAUAUAUACACACACGCGUAUAUAAAAAUCUACGACUUCAACACCUCCUUUAUUCCUAAUAAAAUGUUGAUGAGCAUUUUUUUUUUAAUGUACAAUUUCUUGUUCCUUGCCUGGUCUUCAACAGGGGCUUGUAAAGAUACGUUCAGGAACCAGCAGUUUGACUGAGUGCUAAUGCCAUCUAUAGAUGAUUUCUGGAGUUUAAAAACAGCUUCUCCUUAUUGACCCUUACUCUAACUGUUAAUGAAAAGUUGAUGAUUUCAGAUCUGGAUUUGUGUAAAACAUUUAUGAGUCCCCUUUGAAAAUGUUUUUGUGCCUGGCUGACAAUGGCAGCUUGGUCAGAAUUGGUCUUACUCCAUCCGAAAAGUUCUUGUUUUUCAUAAGAACUGAGACUGAUUUGUUUUCCAAAAAUACAAUGUCAGUGUUUCAAUCCAAUUGUCUUUACUUUCCCUGAAUAAUGCCAAAUCUGAGUGGUAAUGGGACUAUAUUAUGAACUCUUUCACUCCUUAGACAUCGAGUGGUUUGUAUUUCCUUGUUUGCAUUCCUUACUAAGCCAUUUUAGGGUGCGAAGUCCUAAAAUCUCUAGCUUCCAGUUUUCCUCACUCUAUCAGUAUUGCCAAAUUGAUGUUUCUCCAAACAGAUAGAGGUGAGGGGAAAUCCAGUAGGUCAGCAAACAUUUAAUGGCAAGUUUCAUACAACUAUGAGUUCUAAGGAUCACUCAUAUUUCACCAAGAGUUCCUUUGGAAUGUGCCUUUUGCAGGAAGAAGCUCCUGCAGGCCAGAGCUCGUGCCACAAACAGAUCUAUUGAAGGCUGCAGGAAGAAGGAGUCUCCGGGACAUGUCUGUUCUGCAAGCAAUUGGGUGUUCCACCAAAAAAAUCAUUUUGAUGCAGACUUUGACAUCAUUUGAAAAUGCCAAGCACAGGUCUUGAGCAGCUCUACUAUAACAUCACAUGGCUGUUCUUGAUAUCAGUUUGAUUCUGAUCUUCUCCUGGCAAAACCAGCAGUAAAUCUAUUGAUACUACCAGAGUUUUAUGGAUGAAAAGCCUGAUAAUGAGACAAGCCAUUCAGGACUGUAGAACUAUCCUGUGACUAUAUUCUCUCUUCACGCUAGUAAUUCAGUUGGUGUCCGUAGAGUGACUCGUGUCCUGCCCUGUGGGGUUUGGCUCCCAGUGUUCCACUGAAUUACUGUCUGCAUUUGGAAAAGAUGCAAAGAAACUCCGUAGGCUGCAUUCUUCACUGGAGUUAGGUAGAGUUACAUCAGCAUACCUCAGCAGAGAAUGGAAUUGUAAACUACAUCAAAUGGCACCAUGCAUAAAAUUACCAAAACAAAACUUUGUCCCAUUUUCUCAGUAGCCACAGUUGAUUUUCACUGAGGUUUUGACUCCUAAAUCACUGAGGCCCUGAUUCUUCUUAAAGUAUUUCUUUGUCUAAAGAUGUAGAUAGGUGCAUUCUGAGAUUUUCUAGAAUCUUGAGGUGUCUAAUCUCCCUUGCAGUCAGUGGAGCAAUAGACACCCACGUGCUCUUGAAAAUCCAUACCUUUUUUUUUUUUUUUUUUUUUAAUAUCAUUUUUCCUUUAAUCUGGCCCUAGGCAUUUUUUAAAACAUUACCUUUACAUGCUCCAGGAUCAGAAUAAAACUAGAGAGAGAAUGCAUUUGCAAUUUCAGAUUAAAUGCAAUUUACUUUACUUUAUGGAGAAUGCAAAUCAAGUUCCUUCAGGUAUGUCCUAAUUGCCUGAAGAGCUCAUUGGCAUAUUUUCUAAGAAGCAUUUUAAAACAUUUCCUUGACUUUGCCACCAAAAGAGCAUUUGAACCAUACAUCCUCUUGAUUGUAACGGAAUAUCAGUGUUGACCGUAUGACCAGUUAAGUUUUAGUAGUGUUCUUCACAGCCCUCCAGUAAUAUAUCAAACACUGUUAUGCACAUAAUGCAGCACUGUGAUCUAAUUUAAAUAAUACUUUUUUAUUAUUUAUACUACUCUAUGUAAUAUACAUCAACACUUUGCUAUAUAACCUAAGUGAUAACCCUCUUCUUAGUUAUCUGCCAAACUUUGAAUUUCUGUUUGGUUUAUAUUGCAGUUAGCACAGUUACCAAGUUGUAAUGAUGUCUCUUUUCCUUUGAAAUGGAAUGUGUAAGUCAAACUAUACAUUUUGUGCGUUUCUGUUUUAAGCUGGAAUUUAUAAGGAUUUACACACAACAUUCGGUGUUCUGUAUAAAUCUGCAUACAUUUGUGAAUUCAUCUGUUAAUCCUCUUUUAUUUAGAAAGUAUUAACUGAUGGUGGUUUAUUAGGGUUUUUUAUUUUUCCAUUUUUAUUUUUAGUACUGGUUAUUCUUGAAUUAAGCAGAGACUUGUCAGCUGGGUUGCUUUAUCAUUGAUCAUGUACAUGACCUUAUAAUUCUUCCACAGUUCAGCAAACAAGUACUAGCUUCACUGACCAAAAAAAAAAGUCUCAACCUAAUGUGUCUAUGGUGCUGUAUUUUGCUGGUGUACAUUUAAAACCAGAAAUAAUUUAAAGGUCACUUCUGAGUUGUUCUAAUACGUAGCCUUUCCUGGUUUGGGGAGUUUGGGUUUUGUUUUUGUUUUAGCAUUGAAACAAGGAAUAUUUAUCUGAAGCUAUGUAAUGAUUUUUCUACUGUAUCGUGUUUCUUUUUUUGCAAAGAGGAUGAAAUCCACCUGAUCUAACAUCCUUUCAAAAUCAGUAGAAGCUUUUUUUGUUUCUUUUUUAUUCUUCAGCUAAUUCUGUUGGGCUUUGGAUCAGCAGUUACGAGAGCUCACCAUCUGAGGGUUUAAGCGAUAAAUGACAACUUGCACUAGCCCUCCGUGCUAGGAAGAAUUUUACUGGAUGUUUAAAUUCCACGUUGAAUUCCAAGAAGGUUGAUAAUCUAGAAAUUGGAGGUUUUUCUUUCUUUUACUGUGGCCUAAAAUCCCAAGACUUUUCUUUUUUUGUUCAAACGACAUUGAACUUCAGUACGUUUUUAAGUUAAGAGCAUUGUACAUUUCUUGAGUAUGUGUGUGAGACAACAGUUGAAAAUAAUACGUGUAUUUGAUAACCAGUUCCAUGCCUGCAUCAUUCACACUCACUACUUAAAACUGCCAUGAUGUAAAAUGUUGGGGGGAAUGAUUUGUGUGUGUAUGAAAAGCAUUAUGAACUUGUACAUUUUUUUUUAUACUCUGAUCUGUAAUUUCUGAAAUAUUUUGUUUUACAGAAAAAAAGUGAUAAAGCAAUCAAAAGACCAAGAGAUUUAAUAUCAGUGCUUAAGGGUCACAUGACCUUAACUGGCCAAUAAGUUUAUUUAGUACAGUGAUAAGCCAAUUUUUUUUUCUGUACUUGGCGUCUGAAACUGCCAACUUCAUCAAUAUUAAAAUAAGAACUGUGAUGGGGAAUGAACAGUGAUGUUAAGUUGUAUUUGUGUUUACCUAAAUGAGCAGUCCGAAGGCAAGUGCAAUCAGCUGAUCUUUAGGAAAUAUGAAAAUGUUGAUUUAGAGGCAUACUUGCAUUUUACAUUUUCUUGAUGUGUAAUCAUAUUGCCAAAGACAAACUAUUUCAUCAAUUAUUAUUGUAAAUAACACUUUCCCAAAACCUACCAUAAAGUUUCUGUGAUGUAUUGUCUUCCAGUUGCAAUAAAAAUUACUGAGUUGCAUCAAUUGAACAA